GGGGCGCGUAGUUCCCGGGGCGGAAGGGAAGAACCGCCCGGCCGCGGCAUGGACAAGCUGAAGCGGGUGCUGAGCGGCCGGGACGCGGAGGAGCCCGGCGCUCUGACGGAGGUUAUCGACGCGACUUCGUUGGGUUGGGGCACCCGAGUGAAAGGCUUCAUCGCGUGCUUUGCGUUGGGAUGCGUGUUCUCCCUGUUGGGCAGUUGUCUGCUCUGGGUACCAAGGAAAGGGCUGAUUCUCUUUGCAGCAUUUUACACGUUGGGGAACAUUGCAUCGAUUGGAAGCACUCUCUUUCUUAUGGGACCAGUGAAACAAUUGAAAAGGAUGUUUGAGCCUACCCGAUUGAUUGCUACUAUUGUUAUGUUAUUGUGUCUCAUAUUAACGCUGUGUUCUGCUUUUUGGUGGCAUAAGGAAGGACUCGCGCUCCUUUUCUGUAUCUUGCAGUUUUUUGCCUUGGCAUGGUACAGCAUUUCCUUCAUACCAUUUGCAAGGGAUGCUGUGAAGAAAUGUGUGUCUGUCUGUCUGUCCUAAGAGGAAAGCCGGAUGCUUCACAAAGUUCUAGGAAGCAUAGCAGAACUACGUUAAGAUCACUGUGUUUGUACUUUGCUACUUCUGUUCUAAAUGAGUGCCUUUUGGCUGGUUGUUAGAGGUUAAGUGCAGUGAAUGCAAUUGUGUGUUUUUGGUGUCCGUGGGACAGAGCGCUCACGUGACUAAAUGAAGGUCAGCCUGGAAGAAGAACUGGGCUGAGACCCAGACUUUGUUUUGAUGAUUCUCAUAUGAAAUUAUUUGUUUCUGCAAAAUUAACAAAGUGACACGUGAAGUCUGUAAAAUGGAGCCCUUGAUUCUGGUGGGACCAUGCCAGUCUAGAGGAUUCCUUUCCGAAGAAGAAAAAGAAAUCUGUUGCUAGCUGAUUCCUGACAACUCUUGUAGUAGCCUUACAUCACUUAAUCUUUGCACUAUUUACAUCAGAUAAUGGAAUACUGGUGCUCUUCUUCUGCCUCUCUUGUAACAUGUUGGGUCUAUGAUAUUUUCAAAAGGCUUAAUUCCAAAUGAAAAGGCUGUUUUAGAGUACUUAUGGAAUGCUUGAUUUUGUUUCCUUAAGUGAAAAAAAUUCGUUUUCAGUUUAGAUUGACAGUGUUUUCUUAAAAUACGUAGAGGGGACAUUUUCAUCUGCGAAGAUUGGUUCCUGUAAGAAAAGCACUUGCAAAAUUGGGUUAAUCAAGUUCUUUAGUUUCCAGGAAUAAUGAGUUCUUUGCUAAUGACUCCAGCUGAAUGCAAUACAUUCAAGCUAGGAAACCAAUUUAUCACUUGACAUGAGGUGGUUCUCUUCUCCCCAGCUUCAGCACAGGAGCUGUGUGAAGCUGAGGGCACGACAGGUAAGCUGAGACAGAACCUGUGUGUUUUCUUUCCCAAAGGACGAAGUCCCUGUUGAUAAGGUGGAGGCAGGCUGGUGUUUAAGCAAGUCCAGGACAGGAAAAAGACAUUUUCUUCUGAACCUGUGAAUAAGUUAAAACUCCAAUGUGUCUUUUUUGUAAUGAAAUCAAUUUCAUUUUUCCUAAAACUCUCUUCUGCACUCGUGAAUUCCUUCUGCUCUGAAGAGGAAGUACAGCUUUCUGUUGCUUUUUUUGUGUGUUUGUGUGUUUGCUUUUUUAACCAAAGGAAGCAUUCAACAGUCUUGCUGCCAGCUUCGAACAAACACUGAGUGGUCAGUAUCCAGACUCCAAGGCCAUUGCCCAUUCUUGUAAUCUUCUGAGCUACGUGUAAUCAUGUACUCCCAAACCAUUUCAGCGUCUCUUGUUUAACAUCAGAAUGCAGGUUCCUGCUUCUACUAUGUUGGAUACUGUUAACUGUUCUUGCCUUUCCUAUUAGCAAGUUGUCUUGCUGGAAAUGAUGGCUGUGAAGGUCAUUAUCCAGUGAACUUUAAUAUGAUUUGAAUCUUCUUUCCUGAUCUACAUAGACUUUAGCCAUCUAACUGCAUUGCAUUUGCAUAGCAAGUCCUUGACUUGCACCACAAAGACUUCAGGCUAGCAAAAGCCUGGAUCUAUUCAGCAAUGAAGUACAAGCCCACAGUGAAGUAGAAUAAUUCUGUGUGGUUCUCAGAAAGUUACUAGAAACAGAAUUAACUCUACACAUUAAUUGUCCUUCUGAUAAUUUAUAAAACAGUAACAACCCUCCAUGAGUAUCCCCUCUAAAACCAAAAAAAUAUCUUUUGAGGAUAUGAAAGGGGAACUUCAACAAGCUUUCUCUGUUUUCCAGCUGGAUAGAGGUACUCUUACAAAGCCAUUUGAACAGAAAAGGCCUUCUUGAAAAUGUGCUAUGUUGGGAUGAAUCAGUUCUGUGGGAUGAUUUCCCCAAGUGCUAUUUCCUACUGCUUUUCUUUCUUUCUUUCCAUAGGAUUUUGAAGUUAGUGUUGAAAUGACUACAUUGACUAUUAGUAUUAUUUUUUUUUAAUAAGGAGUUAGUUAAAGGCUCAAGAGAGACUGAGAAUUAAAGAACACCUAUUCGUUUUCUCUCUGACUCUGGAUAUCUAAAUGGAUGUAAGACUUUUUUUUUAAUGAGGGAGUAUGUUCAAAACCUAAUGUACAUCUGUCAAAGGGCCCCGUGUUAGGCUUCUGUUAGGGCUUGGAGAAUAUAUACAGAAUUCCUUUGUGUAAGACUAGUAGAAAUAGAACUCCAAUGCCUUUCACAUCCCAGUGUUUGCUUAGUUUUAAUAUCUCUGGGUGUUCCCAGAGAACUCUACAAGUAUGGUCUAUGGUAUUUUUCCUUCCCCCCUCUGGGAAAGUUCUGUUAAUUUGUAUAAUCAUUCCAGGCCUAUCAGCAGUCAACAUAAUGGAGUUUUACCUCUGUUUUGUUUGUUUUUUUUUUUAAUAGUUCAGAUUAGGAAGAGAAAAAGGCUUUUGCUUACUCCUUGACUAGCUUUUGCAGGGCUGUAGUACCAUGACUCUCUAGCAUUUUCCUUGUAAAAACACUAGAUUUGCUGCAUACUGCUUUCUCAAUUUGUAUACUAUAGCUAAGUGGGACCUUUUAGUAUUGUGAGCACAGUCACUUGGAAGUAGGAAAUUUAGACUCUGGAACUGCUUCUUUCACUACCAAGAAAUGGUAAACUUGAAUGGAUUCACACACACUUUUUUAAAGCUGUAAUUCCAGUUCCACAGCCACGUUUGAUACAAUAAUAAAGGAGAACAAAGGUUUAUUUGACUGUGUAGCACACGAGGCUUUAGCAAUAGUGCCCAUAAGGGAAGGGAAUUCAAAAGGAGAUGGCAGAGAUGGGUGAUCGCCAUAGUGCCACUAGGAUUCACGUUCCUUCUGGUGUUGUAUUCUGUUCUUGUGAAGGUCAGAUGGAACAGAGAUUCAUUUCCUUGCCAAUAUGUGAAAGCUACUCAGGGUUUGUCACUUCAUCUACAAGCAGUUUUGAUUUAAAGGUAAUUCCUCUCUGUCAGAGCAAAACACUGUGGAUUCUUAGUCAGAUGUUUGGUUAUAGUUGCGCACAGGCUAUUGCCAGGGUUAGCAGUAGAAGAUUCUUCUAUAUUGUUCAGAUAAUUUCUGUGAUCGAGAGGUAAACUACUAUGAGUGUGCCCUCUUGACCGGUUUCAAUCUGAAUUAGGUUAUACCAUUUUUGUGAUUAAGACUUCUAUAUGUUUGGAGCUGAUUUCAUCAGCUUUGGUUAUCUGCUUACCAGGAAGCAUGGUGGACUUUUUUAAAGCCCUCUAGCUUUCUGUCGUAAUGUCCUUCAAGGCAGGAAUGUUUGUCGUGUGCACUCUGCUGCAAAGAGAUAAUUGUGUUUUAAAUCAUAAGGCUCCUUCCUUAAUAAACUUACACACUUGCCUACAGCACUUAAUUCAAGACUGACUUUCGAAAGAAAGUUGGAUGCCCAUCUCAGUAGAGUUUGGUGCUCUACCAGAAAGUGUUUCUUGAAAGCCUCACUGUUGGUCAACUUUCCCGUUGAAUUUUGGGUUGUUUUGGUUUGUUUGGUUUUGUUUGUUUGUUUGUUGUUUUGGGUUUUUUUUCAGUACUGAUCACUGUAAGCAAGCAGUCUUAGCGUGAAAUCUGCAUAUCUGGGAUCAGCCGACUUUGCAGAUACUGUAGAAAUGGAAAUGGGUGACAAGGGGUAUUUGUUCCCAUAGCACUGAGAUUCAGAACAUGAAAAUGUGAGAUUUCUUUCAUCACUCCAGGGUUUUGCUCUGGUUGGUGUGAUUGUGAAUGCUGAUGCUAUCUGAGAUGGUUCUACUGUGCUGAUGUGAACAACUUGAUCUUGCUUAGUAUUUGCUGUAGUAAGACUGCCCAUGAGCUGCUCCAAAACCCAAGGAAGAAAUCUCUGAACUGAUUUAAAAGGAUUUUAAGAAAUCACGUGGAGAAAAAAUUAGAAUUCAUAAGGCUUUGUUUAAAUACUUACUAUGCAUUGCUGGGAGAGAGAGGAGUUGUUGCUAUGGGAUGGCUUCCAGCAAGGUUGCAGAAGGACGGGUCUGGAUUGGUUGCAACUUGUGGGUAGGUGACAGCUGUGCCCGUAACGCACUUAGGGGCUUAGAGUGCUGCUGCUUACAUGCAGUCUGAAGCUCGUGUUCAGGAAACUCCAUUGUGGAAAAAUGCGGAUUCUUGAAGGUUGUAGGCUUGUGCUGUGUACUAAGAUUGAAAGAGAUUUGUUGAGUUAGUGAAAAUGGUUCUUACUCUGUUUUGGUACUUAAUCAUGUUGAUGAAGACAAGAUGACCGUUGCUGUUGUGGACUUCAAAAACCGAGGAGGAGGAUGACAUAUAAACACACAUCUGUCUUAACUAUUGAUGUUUACAGCCAUAGCAAGUCCUGACCAUGUAGGACAGAAAGCACAAAGAUGGUAUAUUUUCUUAACAGUGUGUGCCUCACAGUCUUUUGACAACACAACAUUUUUUUAACAGCUGUGGGAAUUGUUUUGUAAAAUAAAAACUGAACUCUCAGAAUUUGACCACAACGUUUUGUAUUGUUACUGAUUCUAUUUGUUGCUCUUUUUCUGUGUAUUUGCACUGUUUGAUUUCUACUUUGAUAAAUAUCUUUUUUCAUAUCUUUUUCUGUAAGGAAUCCCUCACUUUCGAGUGUUGUUUUUUUCUUCAAUAAAGUUGUAAUUGCAUUAAACAAA